AAUACUUUAGACUGCAACAUUUUUUUUUUAUAUAAUGGACUGAUAUUUGAAGUUAGAAUUUGGGUUACUCGUUUACCUGGGGAUGAUGGAACUACCACAGAAUGAGGGAAACGUCAGCGUCUGGAAUGCAACUGAAGAGUCGUUGCUGUGGAGCUCAACGAUGAGCGGCAGGGUUUUCAACUGUAGCUCCGUCACACACUCGCACUGCUCCACUCCCGAGAACAUCACCUCCCUGCUGACCAGAGAUGAAGACCUGGCUAAAGUGGAGAUAGCAGUACUGGCCGCUAUCUUAGCUGUGGCUACUACGGGCAACUUGGGGGUGGUCAUAGCCAUGUACAGGAUGAGACAGAAAAUGACAAGGAUGCACCUGUUCAUCCUGCACCUUGGGCUCACAGACCUGGUGGUGGCCCUCUUUCAGGUGUUGCCCCAGAUGAUAUGGGAGGUGACCUACAGGUUUCACGGCACCGAUUUCAUGUGCAGGACGGUCAAGUAUUUCCAAGUCUUGAGCAUGUUCGCCUCCACUUACAUGCUUAUCAUGAUGACUCUGGAUCGUUACAUUGCAGUGUGCCACCCUCUCAAGACCAUCCAGCAGCCUAACAAGCAGGCAUACCUGAUGAUCAGCACCACCUGGGUCAUCAGCUCCAUGUUGAGCAUCCCUCAGGUCUUUAUCUUCUCCCUCAAGGAAGUGGACCAGGGAUCAGGGGUCUAUGACUGCUGGGCGGACUUCAAGUUCAGCUGGGGGGUCCGUGCUUACAUCACUUGGACCACGCUGUCCAUCUUUAUCAUCCCCGUGGCCAUCCUCAUCCUGUGCUACAGCCUGAUCUGCUAUGAGAUCUGCAAGAACCUCAGGUGCAAGACCCAGACCCAGAUGUCUUCGGCCAAGGGCGAUGGCUGCCAGAACGGGCUGGUGAUGACCUCCAGGGUGAGCAGCGUGAGGACCAUCUCCCGAGCCAAGAUCCGGACAGUCAAGAUGACCUUCGUCAUUGUCCUUGCCUACAUAGCCUGCUGGGCCCCCUUCUUUAGCGUCCAGAUGUGGUCCGUUUGGGAUGAAAACGCACCCAAAGAAGGCAAGUUCUAUUCUUCGGACUUCGCCUUCACCAUCACCAUGCUCCUGGCCAGCCUGAGCAGCUGUUGCAACCCCUGGAUCUACAUGUUCUUCAGCGGACCCCUGCUGCAGGACCUCACUAAGUACCUCUGCUGCAGGCGGCUCAAACCCAGCCUGAAAAGACAGGGCUCCACUGGAAGCCUUGGCAGCCGAAGAAACACAACCGUGACCAAAGCCAGCCACCGCAGCAUGAACAGCGACGGCAGAACCGGAGCAAAGAGGGGGAACUUUCUGCAGAACUUCAAAGAGUUCUACCCCCCCUAUGACGACACAGUCACCGAAUCCGGGGUGCUUUAAAACAGUGUGGCACGAGAGAUCUUGAGCGACUGGCCACGAUAUGUGAAGCAAAGCCAAGAGAAUAUACCUUGGGCAUGUGAAGACAGCUGGGAACAGAUCAGUCUUUGUGGGGAAAUGCCACUGCUGUUUUUUGUAUAUUAUUUUUGAGCAGUGUGUAAAGUUUAAUCUCAUUUCACUCCACUGUGACCGGCGCCAAGUCCACCUCUGAUGGCAAUUGAUCAAUGCAUGAAGGUGGUCAUUUUCUCCUGUGUGUGGUCAUUACACCAGAUGCAUGAACAACAGGCUUUCCGUGUCUAGAGUUAACAUGGACACAAAUCAUGACCACAUGACUAAAUCUGCCCGUUAAAAUUUCAGUUUCUAGUGGUUUCCCAUGGUUUGUAUCCAUGAUUUUACGUUAAUUACGUUACUUAUAUUUAACAUUAAAUUCUAUGAAUAAAGCCAUGCAGAUAAAUAAAAUAAGGAAAUGUAUUAAUGAGUUAUAAAACAUUUAAUUUUAUAUACACCUUUUUUUAGCGGUUGCCGCUGACGAUGGUUCCAGUUGAAUUUGUAGCGGGACUGGGGUAUUUGCGCUUCAACCUGUGUCGCUUCAAAUUUUUCUUAUUCUUACUGUGAUUGGCUGCAAAGACAACAGGGCUAGCCAGAGAUUGGACAAUGUUGGUUGGGUUGGUUUUUCUUGUGUACAGUUUCCUACAUUGUAUUCUGGGAGAUGUGUUUGUUAGUGGAAGUUUUAGGGGAAGUUUUUACGCAUUAAAUUCAACUUGAGUGUGUAUUUGGGAUUUUUUAAGGCGGAGGUAUUUAUUUUUUAUUUCUUAGCAGACGCCCUUAUCCAGGGCGACUUACAAUUGUUACAAGAUAUCACAUUAUUCAUUAUUUCACAUUGUACAGAUAUCACAUUAUUUUUUACAUACAAUUACUCAUUUAUACAGUUGGGUUUUUACUGGAGCAAUCUAG